GUGGGAUUACGGUAGCCCGGGCGUCUCGGCUCGCCGCGGCAGCCGAAUUGGUGGCUUAAGCAUCGAUUACACGCUGCUACGCAAUAGCGCUGUCACUUGAAUAUACUGGCAGCACCGAUUACACGCUGCAGACAGCCUCCGGCCUAGCACAGCCCUUGCUGGCAGCGCAGCCAUGUACAUGAAGGCCCGGCGCCACCAGCCGCGCGCCGGCGAGGACGACGUCGAGAGCAACCAGCUGUCGAGCAACGAGGUGCGCUACGGCGAGAAAGGGCCGCUCUGGUUUCCCGUCGCGCUCGGCGCGCUGUUUCUCGUCAUGGUCGGCGUCUUGCUGUGCCUCACGCCGCAAACGAAGCAGCACGCCUGGCUGACGCUCCAUACGAAGCCGACGCCGCCGCCGACGGAGAAUUUGUAUUUGAGACGGCCGCUCCAACAAGUUCCGGGCCUGCCGCCGGGCCCAGAAAACCCGAGUACCUUUGUGAAGGCGCGCGGCGCGACGACGCGGUUGCACUGCGAGACGACGGCGGGACCCCUCACAAUUGAUAUCCACGAGAACUGGGCGCCGCUAGGCAGUCAGAGGUUCCUGGACAUGGUGAACACAGGCUUCUUUUCCAGUAGAGUCGGAUUGUUCCGAGCCGUCAAGAACUUUUUGUGCCAGACGGGCGUGCCGGGGGAUCCGGCGGUCCACCAGCAGUGGCGCCAGAAGGGAAGGAUCAAGGACGACCCGCAGUGGUUGGAUCUGACGGGCCAAAAACAAGCUCUCAAACGGGGCUACCUCGCCUUCGCGGGGUCCGGCCCGGACAGUCGGACGACGGAGUUCUUUUUCGCGUUCCGGGAUUUGAAAUUGGGCUUCCAGCCCUGGGAGGUGCCCUUCGGGGAAUUGGUGGGAGAGGCGUCGUACGCGGCGCUGGACCGGUUCUACGCGGGGUACGGGGACAUGCGGGCCUUCGGGGGCCGGGCGCCGGCGCAGGGCCAGAUUUAUCGGCGGGGCGCGGCGUACCUCGACGAGGAGUUCCCCUUGCUGGACUUCAUGACGAGUUGUGAAGAAGUGGAGGGUAAGACAUGAG